GUGGAGGUGUGCGUGUUUGGAAGUGGAAAUGGGCAGCAGGGAGGAGGAAUGUGAAACAUUCUGAUGCCGCUCCAGAGGCUGUUUACACGGCAGUCAGCCUGUGACAUCAGAGACCAGACUUUAUAAAUGUCAGCGGGCAAACACUGGUCACACCGCCGUUCAGGGUCCAGGCAGAGCCAGCGCUGCCACCACCACCAGCCCCAUGGACCGACUGCUGUGUGACUGUGUGACCGCUGUGGCUGUGCUGCUGUGUGUGGCCGCUCAGGUUCUUUGUCAGCUGUGUGACAGGUCCUGCUUUUGCCCCGGACCCGCUCCCGAAUGCCCCGCAGGAGUCCCGCUGGUGCUGGACGGCUGCGGGUGCUGCCAGGUGUGUGCGCGUCAGCAGGGAGAGUCCUGCACCGCGAUGCUGCCCUGUGACGGGCAGAAAGGACUCCAGUGCGACUCCAGCGCCAGCCUCCCCGGCGACCCUGGAGAGUGUGUCAGUCAGGAGGACCUGAGCUGUGAGGUCAACGGCAUUUCCUACCACGAUGGCCAGUCCUUCAAGCCGUCCUGUGACACCUACUGCCACUGCAGAGGCGGGGGGGUCGUCUGUGUUCCCGCUUGUCCGCUGAACGCUCGUCUGCCCACUCCGGACUGUCCGAAUCCACAGUUCGUCCGGCUGCCUGGGAAGUGCUGUAAGGAGUGGGUGUGUGAAAACCUGGAGAACACAGUCAUUCAGGAUGCUAUCAAUGCCAUGAGAACAGACAGGUUGUGGCCAUCCUUGCCCAGAAACCGCCCUCUAAACCAGCUCCCUCCAGCCGGCCCCUCCUGCGUGGAGCAGAGCACCCAGUGGAGCGCCUGCUCACGAAGCUGCGGGGCGGGGGUCUCCACUCGCGUCUCCAACCAGAACUCUGCCUGCAAGCUGCAAAUGGAGAGUAGACUUUGUAAAGUGAGGCCCUGCAACGACGUGCGGUCUGUUCCGAGAAAACCGUUGAGGGGGCAGCAGGGGCGGUGUAAGACCAGCUACACGUCACCAGGGCCCGUCAGGCUCGUUCAUCAGGGCUGCUACAGCGCUCGGACCUACCGGCUGCGGUACUGCGGCCAGUGCUCCGACUCCCGCUGCUGCACGCCGUACCGAACCUCCACCGCUCAGGUGACCUUCCGCUGCCGCGGGGGCAGACCGCUGCGGCGAGCCGUCAUGAUGAUCCACUCCUGCGUCUGCCAUGAAAACUGUCCCUCCACACGGUUCACUAAUCCAGCUCUGUGGGGGUACCGGCCCUGAUCCGACCGGCCCGCAACCCAGACAGACACUAAGAGGAGGAAAUUAAGACAAAUUUUAGACAGAUUUGUCCAAUUUUUGAGAGACACUGAUUUAGAAAAUGACAAAUGUUGGAAACUUCUAGAAGAACGACAAGCUUGGAGGAGAGUUGAUGAGAACUCUGCACAGAAAUCCUUCAUUCUGCAACAGUCAUGUACCCAAACAAGCCUUUCUUAACCUCUGAAUGACUGGACAAAAGACUUCAUCAAUACCAUAAACUUUACUUUAUAACAAAAUAAGACAUAAGGGUAAAAACAACAAACAAAUAAAUAAAACUCCUUAAACUAGAAGUGAAUAAAAUACGACUUUAGUACUUUAUUUUGAAGGGGUGCUCUGAUUUGGCUUUUCCCCCACACAUUUAAAGCAAUAUUAUUU